AUGGAGAGCAUGAGAGAAGUGGAGGAGGCGGCGGAAGAGGAGGUGGUGGUCUGGGGAGCUGAAGCUGGCCAGUUGUGCCAGACGCCUGAUCUAAACAGGGAUAACACUUCUCCUUCAUGUUUCACCUCUGGCAUGCUGCCCAAAGUACCCAUAAACCAUGGAGGCCAAGGCCAAAAAUACACACAUGAUGUGGAUGCCAACGAAGAAGGGGUACCUGAUGGCAAUGCUGUGGAGGAGGAAGGCUGGUUUGGGAAUGCCUCUGACACGCGCUCGGACUCGUCGUCUUACGGAGACACCCAGGACGAGCUCCUCCUGCAUAGAGGCUCCUCUUCUGACGAACAACCUGGAGUUGGUGUCGGACCAGCGGAACACAAUACCUGUAGGGGUGGGAGCUCAUUGGGUUGCACAACGCCCUCACACUGUGCCUCUUUGGAACUUCUUGGUCUGGAUAGAGGUUCAUUCUCGGCCCAGGACACACUCUCCUCUGUGGUUUCAUCACUGUAUGGUGAAGCAGCAUCUCAAGCCCUGGGGAAACCACUCAGCAGCAAUUUACGGCGCCUCUUAGAGGCUGGGUCACUCAAACUUGACACAGGGGAUGUCUUGGGUCGCUUAUCUAGGGGAAGUGCUGGGGGAGAAUCACCUCCAGUUGCUCUUGCCCCACCUCUGACCCUCUCCCCGUCUUCCCACCAUGCCCAACAGUUAAGUGCUCUUGCACGAAAACUGGCAAAUAACAGUGGCUCUGCUUCACCAGCCUCCUUACCUUCCUCAGUCACCAACAUUAAGCAAGAGCCCCUUGAUCCCUUUAAUUCUGUCACCAAUACUAAUGGCAGUGGAUUUGUGUGGGCAGGCGUGGCAGAUAAGUGGCCACCAGCCUCUUGCUCCACGCCCUGCGGCUCCAGCCUGUCCCCAGACUCUGCAAUACAGAAAUUAAAAGCAGCAGCCAACGCUGUGCUUCAAGACAAGAAUGCUGUUGCUUCCUCUUCAACGACAUCAUCCACCUCAUCCACCGCUGCCUCUUCUGCAGUGCCCACCUUAGGCGGGGGCGUUCGAGGAGACGAUGUUGUGCGCUUUGAUGCCUUCAACUCUCCAUUUAGUCCACAAUCGGCUAGCUCUACCCUCGCUGCUCUUUCUAAGAAAGUUAGCGAGAGGAGCCAAGCUUCAUCAACAAAUAGUGCUGCUUCAGACCACCAAGCCUCUGCAAGCUCUUUCCUCUCUCUCGUGUCAAUGACCUCUUCGGCUGCCUUACUCAAGGAGGUAGCUGCCAGAGCAGCAGGAAACCUGCUGGUGGAGAAAAAGGAAGGUUCCCCUUUGGCUUCUGCAGGGGUCCUCCAAGAGGAUGGGAAGCCCCUUUUGGAUAAGAACCAGAAGGCCCCAACGCCAUCCACACCAGCCCAGAACCUGGAUUUGUUGUUGCCGUCUACUCCAAAGGGCAGGGUCAAACCAAACAACCAAGCAGGUUCUCCUGAGGAGGGUGGCAAACCAUUCCAGUGUCCUGUGUGUGGGCUGGUCAUCAAACGCAAGAGCUACUGGAAGAGACACAUGGUCAUUCACACAGGCUUAAAAAGUCAUCAGUGCCCACUGUGUCCCUUCCGCUGUGCUCGCAAAGACAAUCUUAAGUCUCACAUGAAGGUACAUCAGCACCAAGAUCGAGGCGAGACAUUUCAGUGCGAACUUUGUCCCUUCACCUCCUCCCGACACUUCAGCCUGAAGCUUCACAUGCGGUGCCACCAGCACUUCCCUCGCACAGACGUCAAGGUGAAAGAGGAGCUCACCACUGACACAGAAGGCGAGGGUUCCCUGUUGGGCGACAACAGUACCGCGGAUCUGAGAGUGGCAGAGCUGUCGCCGUUGCACUCGGAAGCCCAGCAGCAGACAUCUCCGCUGGGCGAAGCUUCCUCCAAUCAUGUCCAUAUUAAGGAGGAGCCGCAGGAAAGAGAUCUGUCUGUGCUCUCCCCCUUUAGUAUUGGCAGGGACCGUCCUAGCAGCAGUGCAAACUCUCUGGACCGACCUGGCCUACCAGGAAUUGGGUUUAGGUUAAGUCCGAGUGGUCCAACCACAGCCUCCCUCUUCAGCCCUGACAUUACUACCAAGAUGGCAACUGACCUGCUUAUGAAGCUUUCAGCUGCCAACCAGAGGGAAACACUCAAGUCUCCAUUCCACCUAAAGGAAGAGCCCAAAGUGAUGGAGGCACUGAGCCCAAGAUCAUCCUCACAGUCCCAGAGCCAGAUUCAGCCAAGCUUUCCUGACACUUUCUGCCAGGAUGGGCCAGCAGGGGCUACAGCAGAGCACCCAGCAUCGCUAAAACUGAAGGACGGAAGCCCCUUGGCUAAAAACAACUUGCUUAGCCAGGAUAUCAACGUAAAAGUAGCUUCUGAGUUGCUGAUUAAGCUUUCAGAGAGCAACAAAGAUGCCCAGUACCAGAAGGUGAAAGUGAAGGCUGAGCCAAUGGAGGUGGACCCACCUCCAGCAGAACUCACACCUCCUGCCUCCCACCUGCUGAACUUCAGCACUUUAGGAGCGAGUGAGAAGAGUGAGCCACUGAGUAACCUCUCCGAGACGUUGGCCUGCCCCCAGAAAGAUCUAUUCUCCCAAGAUAUAUCUGUCAAAAUGGCAUCUGAACUACUGUUUAAAUUGUCAGAAAAAGUAAGCAAAGCCAACAACCACAAAGACAGUAACAUGGUGGGAAUAAAUAGUUCAUUCCUAGACGAAUGCUUCAGACAAUCACCAUUUAACUCACGCUCCAAGAGCUCUUCCCCCGCGGAGGCCAGUUCUUCUACAAGGGCAGCUUUUCAGGACUCGGAGAAGGACGACAGCGAGCCGGGAAAUGGAAUCGCCCAGUGGAGAUUACACGAGCAGCUCUUCCCCUGUUCAGUCUGCGGCAAGGUGUUUGGUCGACAGCAGACCCUCUCCAGACACCUGUCGCUGCACACAGAAGAGAGGAAGUACAAGUGUCACCUGUGUUCUUACGCUGCCAAGUGCAGGGCUAACCUCAAUCAGCACCUGACCAUCCACUCUGUCAAGCUGGUGAACACGGAUGCUGAGCAGAUCAUCAGCGCCGUUACAGCUGACUCCGCUGAGCGCAAGAACUGCCCGUACUACUACAGCUGCCAUGUGUGUGGUUUCCAGACGGAGCUGAAUGCCCAGUUUGUCAGCCACAUGUCGCUUCAUGUGGACAAGGAGCAGUGGAUGUUCUCACUCUGCUGCAACGUCUGUGACUACGUCUGCAUGGAAGAGAAUGACAUGAAGAGCCACGUCCAUUCUGGACAUGCAGGUUUGAACUCAAGAAGUCCCCUCAGUGAGACCAAGAGCACCUCAUCAUCUCUCUCAGCCCUCAGCGAUUCGCUCAACAGUUCAGAGGGAGGAGACCUCGCCCACGGUAACGAAGAACUCAAGAACCUACUAGCCCCACCAUCCUCCGCAGGCAGUCAUACCAGCUCCGGAAGUCACUCAGGAUCAGGACCUGAGGACAAGUCGGACAAAGAUUUUGAGUGCGUAUUCUGCAACUUCGUGUGCAAGACACGCAGCAUGUACGAACGCCACCUUCAGAUCCACCUCAUCACGCGAAUGUUUGAGUGCGACGUUUGCCACAAGUUCCUCAAGACGCCCGAGCAGCUGCUGGAGCACAAGAAGUGCCACACUGUCCCCUCCGGAGGGCUCAAGUGCCCUUUUUGCAUCUAUUCCACCAAUCGUCCAGCGGCCAUGGAGUGCCACCUGAAGACGCACUGUAAGAUGGAGUACCGCUGCCGCAUCUGCCAGGGACUGUGGCCGGACCAGGCCUCGCUGGAGGCGCACAUGCGGGGACACCGCCUCGGCAACCACUACAAGUGCGAGCAGUGUGGCUACCUGUCCAAAACGGCCAACAAGCUCAUCGAGCAUGUGCGUGUACACACGGGCGAGCGGCCCUUCCACUGCGACCGCUGCUCCUAUAGCUGCAAGCGCAAGGACAACCUCAACUUGCACAAGAAGCUGAAGCACGCGCCACGCCAGACUUUUGGCUGCCAAGAGUGCCCUUUCACCACCACACACCCGUUUGUCUUUAGCCGCCACCUCAAGAAACACCAGAGCGGAGGGAUGGGGGGGCUAGACGUAGACAUGGAAGGAAGAAAGGAGAAGGAAGAGGAGGAGGUGAGAAGGGAGGAGCUGGCACUAGAAGGAACAUCACCGCAACGUUCAUUGCUGCUGAGUAAGGAGCGCUAUCUUUUCAGCAGAGGAGGUAGCAGUGGGAGCAACAGCCCCCUCAUGAGUCUAACAGCGUCUCAGGCGCUCCAGUCCGUUGCUCUGUCCCUCACACUGGGCAAGUCCCACCAGCCAGACCCCACCAGCCCGCGGUACGGCACUGGCAGCACCAAUGGCAGCGACGCCAUCAAAGGACGAAGCGUCUUUGGCAGCGCCAGUCCCUCCCUCUUCCCUCCCUCCUCCCGCCACAUGUUGGAGCAGUAUAGGAACUGUGACCAGGCCCACCUGAUCCCCCUCACCACCCUGUUUACCCACAACAGCCGCUUCACAUUCCACUCGCACCUCCACUCCAAAUGGCGGCCGGCCACAUCUCCUCUCAUCUUCACCCCCAACCCAGAAUUCCCCUCAUCUGCCUCCCACAAACACUCCUUCUUGGCGUACCUGGGACUCAUAGAGAGGGCCAAAACUGUCUGACCUCACCCACCCCUCUCCCCCAGACAGUGGUGCGAAUGACUCUUGACCACUGC